AUGACGGCUGUGUGCCCCGCUGGGGUGGGACCUGCUGGGGCUACAGUGGGGUGCUCCAGGGGGUCUGGGGCUGGGGUUUUGACUGGGAGUACAGGGGGUCAGGACAAGAGAUAUGCACGCUGGAGCCGCUUGGAGAGCUCGGACAUCACUACAGAUGACGAGGGGGUCCCUGGCCACCGCGUCACCCCCCUGGAGAGGCUAAACCUGGACAUGUGCCAGGACGACAGUGCUGUUUAUUUUAUUAACAGGGUGGUCCGUGAGCUCACCUUGGGCCGGCGUAUCGGCUUCUACAAGGUCCGUGGGGAGAUCGGCUGUGGAAACUUUUCCCACGUCAAACUGGGGAUCCACGCCCUCACAAAAGACAAGGUGGCCAUUAAGAUCCUGGAUAAGACCAAGCUGGACCAGAAGACCCAGAGGUUGCUAUCCAGAGAGAUAUCCAGCAUGGAGAGACUGCAACACCCCAACAUCAUACGCCUUUACGAGGUGGUGGAGACAUUGUCACGGUUACAUCUGGUGAUGGAGUAUGCAGGCGGAGGAGAGCUCUACACCAAGAUCAGCACGGAGGGGAAACUGUCUGACAUCGACAGCAAGAUCGUCUUCUCUCAGAUCCUCUCAGCUGUCAAACACAUGCAUGACAACAGCAUCAUCCACCGUGACUUGAAGGCAGAGAACGUUUUCUACACCUGCAGCACCUGCGUCAAGGUGGGAGACUUCGGAUUCAGCACUCUGAGCCGCCGCGACGAGACUCUCAACACCUUCUGCGGCUCCCCACCCUACGCCGCGCCAGAGCUCUUCCGGGACGAACACUAUCUUGGCGUCUUCGUAGACAUCUGGGCCCUGGGCGUCAUGCUGUUCUUCAUGGUGACAGGAAGCAUGCCCUUCAGGGCGGACACGGUUGCCAAGUUGAAGCGCUGUAUCCUGGAGGGGUCCUAUGUGUUGCCCUCCUGGAUACUGGAGCCCUGCCAGAGGCUGAUCAGAAGCAUCCUCCAGCCUCAGCCCUCUGAUCGCUGCAGUGUAGAGCAGAUGAUGGGCUGUGAGUGGCUGCUGAGUGUGGACUUCCCCCGGGCCAUGGAGCCCUUUAAACUGGACCCGUACUAUCUGGCCGAGAGCACGCCUUCAGAGUUGGAGGAGGACGAGGCGGAGGUGAGGGGGGCACUGGAGACACUAGGGAUCACCACGGAGCAUAUCUUGAAUAAUCAGGGGAAGGACUGUAGGAGUUCUAUAACAGGUGUUUAUAGGAUUCUGUUGCACCGUGCGCACAAGAGGCGGGCAGUGGAAAGCAUGCCUGCGGUUACGCAUGUGGUCGGGGCCAGAGUGAGUAAAAAGGACCGGCUAAAGGCGUACCGCAGCUUACGGCACACCUCCAAGCUCUGUGUGAUUCUGUGAUGAAAAGCCUUUGCUCCUAUAGUUGAACUUUAUUGUAUUGUUUUUUCAAACGAUUAGAAUGUAUGUUACUGUGAAUGAGGAAUGAGAUGGUCAAUUUUAAAUCAGUUUGAUUUCUGUCUUGAAUUUUGAUCGGCAAAACAUUCAUCGCAGAUACGCUAAGAAAGACUAAAAAAGUCUUAAAGUUGGGAUUCAAGUGAGUAUUUGUCUUUGUGAGAAUAUACUUUAGCCUGGGUGCCAGUCUUUCCCUAUUUUAUCUCACCAGAAAAGGCAAACAUGUAACAUAUGGUUAUCCAGCAGACAUUUUUCUCCAAAGAAACCUGGGCGAUUCCAGCAUUAUGCUCAUAAUUUUUGCUCACAAAAUCACAACUUAAAUGUCUCACAGAAUGGACAAACAAAAUAUGAAUAGAAUUUUUGAUGUGUGUGUCUAUAGUACCCACCAGGGGGAUUGUAUUCCUAAAAAAGUGGACUUCUAAAUAUUAGCAUGUUGGAGAAAUAAAGAAAAUAAGAAGUGUUCUGGAUGUUACAUGAAAUAGACAACCGACUGGGUACAGACAUCAAUUCAACGUUUAUUCCACAUUGGUUCAACACCAUUUCUUUGAAAUGAUGUGGAAACAACGUUGAUUCAACCAGUGUGUGCCCAGUGGUAAGCUUCAUGGGAACAUUAAACACAUUAGCAAAAUUCUGUGAGUUUGUAAGUCUUAGGUCAAAACAUGGAUAGCCAUUUCGACGGAAAGACUUGGCUGAACAUAAAAAAGAACAUUUUGAAAAGAUUACAAUGUCCAUGAUUACUUUAGAGUGGAAAACUUAUCGUUAUGGAUGUUACAGAGUCUGAAGUAGACAUUCAAAUCUUAAACAUUUCUUGAUCAAAAUCUAUCCUAACACAUUUGUUGUCAUUUGGAAAGUUUGUAAAAUGUCAGCAGAAGGCAUAGUACCUUGGGAUUGCGUAAUUACAGGUAGCCUGAAUAGUAUAGGCAGCACCACACCCUAAAGGUAAUUUAAAGGUAAUUAUUUUAAGAUAGAUUAAAAUAAUUAAUGUACGAGCCAAAAGUUUGGACACACCUACUCAUUCCAGGGUUUUCUUUAGUUUUACUAUUUUCUACAUUGUAGAAUAAUAG